UGAGAAGACACACCCUUUUAAUACAAGGUGAGAAGAGCCACACCUUCCGCUGGAAGCCUAUAUGAGGACAAGGGAAGAAGGAAGGGGUCGUUCUUUGCUUGCUUGCUCUCAUCUUGUCAACAUAUCCAUUCCUUCACUGGCACUGGAGCCUACUUCGGGUUUCCAGCAUAGACAGAAGACCAGCUGUGAUACCCAGCCUCGUGGAACUGAGCAACUGCUGGGUUCUUGAACUUCCAUUCAUACCUAGCCAUUGUUAAACUACAGCCUGUAAGUCAUUCCACUAUUUUUUGUUUGUUUGUUUGUUUGUUUUUCAAGACAGGGUUUCUCUGUGUAGCUUUGGUGCCUGUCCUGGAUCUCGCUCUGUAGACCAGGCUGGCUUUGAACUCAUAGAGAUCUGCAUGCCUCAGCCUCCCAAGUGCUGGGAUUAAAGGCAUGUGCCACCACUGCCCGGCUUCAGUAAAUUCUUAUAAAUAAAUAAACAUAUAUGUGUAUAUAUAUAUACAUAUAUAUUUAUAUAUAAGUUCUGUGACUCUAGAGAACCCUGAAUAAUACAGUAUCUUAGGAUUCUUCAAAGGCUCUGAGUAGUUAGGCUGGCUGCUCUGGGUGCUAGUCCUUCAAUCAAGGCAGCUGUGGCUGCAGGAAGGGUUUAAUGAAUGUCAGUUAGGGAGUCAAAUUAUACCAACGCCCAACAUCUUAGCUUUUAUAUGGAACAAAUAACAUUAAAAAAAGGUGCUUACAACAAAGUCUUAUCAGCAUCAUGAACAGUGAUUUAGUUCUUUGUACUAUUUAACUUAGAAUAUAAUACUCCUAUCCCAGGACCCUUAAUAAGAAGUGAUUCCCUCUAAGCUCUCCCAGGUGAAGCUUUAGUGUGUUCACUGUCAUCAGUGUAAAUGAGGCAGAAGUAGAGAGAAGGUAAAGUCAAGGCUAAAGAAAGAUACUUCACUGUGAAAGACCAGAAAAGAGAAACAUGGACCCCUAAUCAUUGGAACAGCUGUCCCCACCAUACGUGAGAUAUUUCCUAGUAUUACAUCAGUUGUUUUAUGUAAAUUUUUGCUGUAUGGAGCUCUGUCUGUUGCAAAUACUGCAUUUUUUGUCCACUCUCUUGUUGAGUAUUUUGUUUCAAUUCUAGUUCACAGCUAUUAUGAUUCUAGUUUCCAAAACCAAAGUAGAAUGUGUACAGUGUUGGUGGUGAUGGUUGGCUGUGUGCAGGGGAAUAUUGUAUUUGUUGUUUUGUAUUUUGAGACAGGCUUUCAUUAUCUAGCCUCGGGGGAACAGAGCUUGCAAUCCCCCUAGUGAUGGGUUAACCAUGUCCAGUACAAUUUACUUAUAUUGUGUAUACAGCUUUUAUAAAUACUACUCAAGAGUUCUCAGGGUAGAUAAUCUAACUUGAACUCCCACGAGCCUCCUUUGAAUGAUCUUCUCAGUACCAUGAUGCCUGAUGUUUCCAUUUUACCUAAAUUGUCUGGGUAUAAUUGUAUUUUACUGUGAGUUAAAAAAAAAAUUCACUAUAAAUUAAUGAAGUUGAAUAUUUCUUUUUCUUUUCUUCUUCUUUUUUUGUUGGGGACAGAAUUUCUUUGUGUAGUCCUGGCUGUCCUGGAACUCACUCUGUGAACCAGACUGGCCUUGAACUCAGAUCUGCCUGCUGCUGCCUCCUAAGUGCUGGGAUUAAAGGCGUGUGCCACCACUGCCCAGCUCAAAGUUGAACAUUUCUUUUUUUGUUUUGUUUUGUUUUGUUUUGUUUUACAAGACAGGAUUUCUCUGUGUAGUUCUGGUGCCUCUCCUGGAUCUCACUCUGUAGACCAGGCUGGAACAUUUCUUUACAUGUUUAUUGGCCAUUUAUUUUAACUUCUUUUAUGUAGGGACUCCCAAAUUUGCCACCCAUUUUCCAAACCAUUUCUCAUUAUUUUGUUGAUGUACUUUACUGGAUGUAUGUAACUCAAAUCCCUUUUCCCACACUGGGUUUUCCCCAUUUUCUUGAUCUAGUUUGAUAAAUAAUAUAAUCAAUGUGUUAUAAAUUAUAAUUAUAAUUUUGCCUAUUUUUAAUUUAUUGUGUCCAAAGAAAUUAUAUUCUCCACAUUGAUUUAAAGUUUCCAUUCUUCUAUUUUUAAAUUAAAGCUAUUGAUUGUUUAGAUCUGAAAUUCUAAGAUAAUAUUAGGAAGAAAUUAGUAAGCAAUUAAUCUGAACAUAAGUUUGGAAAGCUGUACAAACCAAAAUAUUUGAAAGUAAUGAGUGAAGGACAUUUGAAAAUUUAGAAUUGAGUGACUUGUAAUUUUGUGAGAUGUGAUUAAAAGGGAAAGCCUGAGUAUCACAAACAAAAUACCCAAACAAGCUAUGUGAGAGACUCCUUGCUAUUAAUGUGAGCACUUAGGUGCUGGAAGUAGAAGGAACAGAAGCUUUACAAGGUCGUCCUUGGCUGUACAGGAAUUAUAGCAAGUUUGAGGAAAGCCUUGUGCUGCCCCAAACCAGCCAGAAACAAAUAAACUCAAAUUUCCUCAUUACCCAAAUAAAACAAACAACCCACUUCAGUCAAGUAUAUUCCAAAGCACGGGAGAUACCACACUGCAUAUUUAAUCAAACCCACAUUUUCUAAUUCAAGGAAUCCAGGUUAACAAUACUGAACUGUAUUGUGUUCUACAAACCAAGACUAAGGAGAGUUAGAGACAUGGGUCAGUGAUGGUUCUUGCUAGGACUCAAGAGGCCCUGGGUUCAAUUCCUAGCACUGGGAAAAACAAAACAAACAAAAAACAGCCAAUGAGAAAAUUUUUAGGGAAUAUGAAAAAACAUUGGCCAAUGUAACUGAACAAGGACUGGCAGCUAACAUUAAAUGAGACAUAAUCUUUAAAGUUCUAGCAUAAAUUUAUCAGAACAGAAUUCUAUACUCUGUGGCAAUAUUAACCUCAAAAUACAGAUACAUGGGAGCUGAUUACUAGUGCACACUCAGAGAUGGUGUAAGUUAGGACUGCAAGCUAAAACCCUAGUUAGAACAAUACAGCAUGGAAGAAAACCAGCAGCCAGGCAUGCCCCCAAAGCUACAGCACUGGGAGGUGGAAUCGUGAUUUUCACUGGACUGUGUGUUGCACACUGGAAAGUCUAAGAUUGACAUCAGAUUUCUAUCAGACUCAGCGCUAUCAAGUGAGCUUGGGUGCUUUGUGUCGUCAUUAACGUUGUUUUGAAGAUUCUAGUCACUCAGACUGGCUUCAGAAGUAGUUGGUUUUUCUGUUUCUUUUCAUUGCAGGCAUAUUUCAUUGGAGGCAUUUUAAUGAUUCCAGUAAAAUUAAGCAUCAAGAAAACAAAAAUGGAAAGCAGCCAACACUUACAACUAUACCUCGUCUCAUUAGUGCUCAAAUGUAGUAAAAGUUGUGUGUACUCAGAAUGUGUGUGCGCGUGUGUUGAGAAAUGGUCUCUCUAUUAUGUAGUUGUAGUUCUGCUUGUCCUGGAACUCACUAUGUAGAUGAGGCAGGUCUCAAACUCACAGAGAUCUACCUGCUGGGAUUAAGGGCCUGUGCCACCACACCUGGCUCAGUAUAAACAAGUUGAAUAGAGAAAACAGUGACCAGCUGGGUGUGGUAGUGCAGGCCUUUAAUCCCAGCACUCACACAGGAAGUAGAUAUAAGCAGAUCUCCAUGAAUUUCAGGCCAGCCUGGGCUACAAAGAGAUCCUGUAGUAAAACUAACAAAAAAAAAAGAAAAGUGAAAAUAAAUAAUAGGCAUGUUAUUGGCUUUUUUAUGUUCUCUUACAAGAAACAUUUUAAGAGUUGACUUUUUCCUCACCUCACUCUCACACAUGUCCACAUUUUUACUUGUCACCAUUAGCCACUGCCCUCGUGGAACUCUACUAUGUGAAUGUGUAUUUUUUUGAUCACUCACAACCCUAACAAUACUACUCUCAAAAAGUUUAGAGAGGAAGGAACUUAAGAAGUAUUAAGUAGCAAUAUGAUCUUCCAGCCUGUGAUGGUACAUAUGAUAAAGCUCCAGCUGAUCAAGAAAGAAUCCAUGAUGUAGUGAUAUUAGUCACUUUUGAUGGAGCUAUGGCCUUUGAUCAGAUAGUGAAUGACUGACUGUACCUCUACAAUUUAUUUUUGAGUGUUGGGGAACAAAUCUGGGACCUUACAUUUGGUAGGUAGUUUCCACCAAAUAACCUGGUUAAACCCAAAUUUCCUCUGUUUCUGAUGGCUGAAUUGCAGGAUUGGGAAGGACUGAUUGCACUUGCUUUGAUUGAAUCUGGAAUGAAAUACAAACAUGCAGUUCAGUUUAGAAGACAGAAAUUCUGAGAUUUAAUUCCAAACAGCUGUUUUACUUCGGGAGUAAUAUGUGAUUAUGAGACUAUGCUUCAGAAAACCAAUGGGCAUUCCUGUGUACACUAGAAAUAGAAACAAAGGCUCACUUCAUUGGGGCAUUCAGAGGGACCUCUUGGUUCCUGGAAAUCUAAAUCUGAAUUCUUACUUGCCACAUUAGAUUACUGUUGAAUGUAGGACUCCUCAACCCCUAAUGGUUGGGGAUAAAAGUAAAGAUAAAGAAAUCCCUUUAUCACAUGGGUUAAAUGAUUAAGUAAAGAUACAGAUACCCCAAAUCCUGAAACAUUUUGUUGCUAUUUUUUUUUUUUUUUUUUUGAGAGAGGGUUUCUCUGUGUAGUUUUGGUGCCUGUCCUGGAUCUCGUUCAGUACCGGCUGGCCUGGAACUCACAGAGAUCCGCCUGGCUCUGCCUCCCGAGUGCUGGGAUUAAAGGCGUGCGCCACCACCGCCCGGCAAUAUUCUCUAAUUUUAACCUGUACAAAAAGUGUGUUGGGUGUGUUCAUUCAUACCUUUAAUCCUAGCACUAGGAAGGCAGAGACAGAAAGAUCUGUCUCUCAGAGGUAUGAUACAAGGAAAUCUCAAGUUCAAGGCCAACCUGGGCAAUUUAGUGAAGUCCUCUUUCAAAAGUUAGUGUGAAAGGCCUAGGGGUAGAGCCCAAUGAUAGAGUGCUUACCUGGUAACCCAGAGUCCAAAGUGCAAACUAUGAAGAGAACUUGAAAUAUAAUACAUAAAAAAGUAUAAAUGGUGGGCUCAAUAGUAUACACCUUUAACUCAGCAGAGGUAGGUAGGUGGAUCUAUUUAUGUUCCAGGUCAGUCAGAGUUAGUGUGAGACUGUCUCAAAAAAAGAAAAGAAAGAAAGGAAAAAAAGGUAAAAGUGAAUGUUAUUUUAUGAAGCCAUAGUAAAAGUCCUUACUUUGGAAUUUUUUAUUUUUUAUUUUUUAUUUUUUUAUUUUUUUUUUGGUUUUUUGAGACAGCAUUUCUCUGUGUAGCUUUGCACCUUUCCUGGUACUCGUUUUGGAGACCAGGCUGGCCUCGAACUCACAGAGAUCCACCUGCCUCUGCCUCCCGAGUGCUGGGAUUAAAGGUGUGCGCCACCACCGCCCGGCCUACUUUGGAAUUAAAUUAUAUUAGAAUUAAGAUUCACAAUAAUAUAAAUUCAGACAUCAAGAGGGAUCAAAAUAUAAUUAAUUUUUUCUAAGGUAUGACAUUAGACAUGGGAUUUUAAAAUAUUUGUAUUGGGGUAAAUAAAGGACUAACGAUUUAAUUAUUAGGGUAAGAACAUAGAUCUGUACGUAAUUAUAGCAAGUUUAUAUAGAGGAAAAUAGAAUAGAACUAUUUAAUUCCAGCCAGAUGGUAGUGGUGCAGGCCAUUAAUCCUAGGACUCAGGAGGCAGAGUCAGUUGGAUCUUUGAGUUGAGGACAGCCUGGUCUACAGAGUGAGUUCCAGGACAGCCAGGGCUACACAGAGAGCCUUUGUCUCGAAAAACCAAAUGUGUAUAUGUUUAUGACAGAGUUUAUCUGUGUGAGAGAGAGAGAGAGAGAUUCUAAGUUAGAUUAUAGGAAAAAUAACCAAGGGGCUCAGAAAGGAUGUGAUAUAAGUGUGGUUUAUCAGGAAUGACAUGAAAUUCCAAUGUAAAAAAUAGCAAGUUCUGUUUUAAUACCCAUGCAUUGUAUUAAAACAUCCAUUUAUGUUACUUCUAUAAAGCACAUAGUAAGUGUUUGGGAUAUUUUAUUGAUAAAACAUUAUUUUUUAUUUUAUUUUUGUUUUUUUGAGAAAGGGUCUUACUGUGUAGCUUUGGCUGUCAUGAAACUCUGUAGACCCUGCUGGCCUCAACUCAGAGAUCUGCCUGCCUCUUCCUCCCCAGUGCUAGGAUUAAAGGAGAGUACUACCACACCCACCUCUGAUAAACAUGUAAAUAUUUUCUAAUUUUAUCCUGUACAAUAGGUGUUGGGCUGGGUGUGGUCAAACACACCUUUAAUCUAAGCACUAGGAAGGCAGAGACAGAAGGAUCUCUGUGAGUUCCAGGCCACUCUGGUCUCCACAGUGAGAAUCUGUCAUAAAAAUUGUGAAAAUUUAUCUAUUUCUUCUUCUCCUUCUCCUUCUUCUUUUUUGUUGUUGUUGUUUUGAGACAGAGUUUAUCUGUGUAACAGCCCUGCCUGUCCUGGAAAUCACUCUGAAUCCAGGCUGGCCUUGAAUUCGAAGAGAUCAACCUAACUGCCUCCAUGGGAUUAAAGGUGUGUACCACCACCACCUGGCCUUUUUUGUUGUUGAUUUCUACUUUUAUUUUUAUAGAAUGUAUUUGGAGAUGUUAAACUAUUGAGAAAAAAAAUGGAUAUAUUUAAAAUGCUGAUAUGAAAAGUUGUUGAGAUAAUGGGUAUGCUAAUUAGAUUAGAGGUGUCUUUAUACUUAGAACAUUCAAUAUAUUUUUUUUUCUGUUUUUUGAGACAGGGUUUCUCUGUGUAGUUUUGGUGCCUGUCCUGGAUCUCACUCUGUAGACAGGCUGGCCUCGAACUCACAGAGAUCCUCCUGAGUGCUGGGAUUAACUGCGUGAGCCACCGCCGCUUGGCUCAAUUGUUCUUUAUAAACAGCUUUUUGUUGUUGUGGUUUUUUUUUUUUAAGAUUUGUUUAUUUAUUAUGUAUACAGCAUGUAUGACUGCAGGCCAGAAGAGGGCACCAGAUCUCAUUACAGAUGGUUAUGAGCCACCAUGUGGUUGCUGGGAAUUGAACUCAGGACCUCUGAAAGAGCAGUCAGUGCUCUUAACCUCUGAGCUAUCUCUCCAGGCCCUUGUUGUUGUGUUUUUUGAGACAGGGUUUCUCUGUGUAAUAUAGUAUCAGCUAUUCUGGAACUGGCUUUGUAUACAGGCUGGCCUCCAACUGAUAGAAAUCAGCCUGCCUCUGCCUCCUGAGUGCUAGGAUUAAAGGCAUAUGCCACGAUUCCCAGUUUAUAAAAUUUUUCUAAAUGUAACCUUUAAGAGUUUAAAUAUAAUGAAGUGUUAUUAACACUAUCGUAACCUCAGGUAUUUAAAAGCUUUUUAUCCAUUAACAAUAUCAAUAAUAUUUUUGCUUUUGUAUAUAUACUUAAGUAUCCUCAAAUCUCAAGGGUAUGAGACAGGAACUCCUGUGGAUUGUCUAUUUAUUGAUCACUUUAUCUACACUAGUAUAAUCUACUACCCAGUUUAUUCCGUGGUUAGGUUAUCUACCAACUGAUUUAUUUCCUAGCAGUUUUAACACUCAUUGGUUUAUUUGCAGGUUAUCUAUCUCUAGUCCUAUAUAAAAGGAGAAUUAGACGAGAAAGACACUGCCAUUUCCAGCAACCCAAGCCCUGUCUGCAUCUCUGUUGUGGAGCCUUUCGGACAAGCCCUACAACCAUGGAGGGACCUUCAGGAAACCCACUUCCAAAUCAGCCUUUGCUAGUGAGUAUGCAAUUCACACGAACUGUAGAAUGUUCACUCUUGUCCUUUUUCUUUAUAUUAACAUCCUUCAUUUAAUGCAUAGCUGUACUUGACACAAACUGAUAUCCUGUGGGAAGCUGUUAAUUGCUUGUUGUUAAAAUUUGUUGGAAGAAAUUUAAAAUGUACUUCAUCAGCCCAUAAUGAGAAGGAGUCCUGUGAAAUGCACUGCUGGAUGUUUUUUGUCCUUGUGUGAACAUCUAGAGUGUUCUUCCAUAAACUUAGAUGGUGUACUUGUGCAAUAAUGAUAACUGUGUGUCACUGAGGGUAGGUUUGGAACAUAAGCAUGCUGUGACCAUAAGAAAGAAAAGAGUAGCAUUCUUAUCCUUGAAAGUCACAUGAGUUAGAUGUCCCAGAAGCCUGGUAACUAGAGCCUUUAUUGCAGCAACAUUGGGGAUCUAGCAAAAUUUCAAAUUCUGGGCCCUACCCUAGACAUAUUUGGAUUACAGAUAUUUGACUUUUAGAAACUUUCACAAAUGACUUUAGCCUAUGCUGGGAUCUAAGACCUAAAAAGGAUGGUAGAAAAUCCAUGAACUGAAAAUUCUGCAUAACUACUAGUAGAUUCCUUCCUCUGUGUUGUUUAAAUUUUACUUUCUCCCAAAGGGGAAGCUCCAAAGAAGUAUGAUACCUGAGAAAUUACAGAAGAGGAGGGCCCAGGCUGCCAAGAACAAGGUCAAGGCCAAACACCGAUCUGGGGUCACUCCUGUUCUUCCUGUGAGGCUGACCAGUUGCAUCUUCACGAGGCCUGUGACUAGAAUAACUUCCCACCCUGGGAGUAAGACCAUGCGCAGGAAAGAGGAAGAGAAGCUGGUGAAACCCCGGCAGCUCUGCGCAUUAAGGAGACUGCAGGAAUAUCAAGAAGACAGUAAAGGGGAACAGUUACAUCCAUUGGAUCUUAAAAACGCCGUACAAAGAAGUGCUCUGGGAACGCAGGCUGGAGACAGAGUUCCAACAGCUGCUAACGAUCUGCACACUGAAGGGGAACAGUUACAUCCGUUGGAUCUUACAAACUCUGUACAAAGAAGUGCACUGGGAACGCAGGCUGGAGCCAGAGUUCGAAGAAGUGCUAUGGACCUGCACACGUCCCCGGAGUGCACCUCUGUCCAGCCCCUGAGUUCGGAAAAGAAGGUGCAAGGGACUCCUGAGCCAUUGCCGCCGUCUUUCUACAGUCAAAGGGUAACAACGGCUGUGACUUUUCAGCUGUCACCUUCUUUCUACAGACAAGGGGUAACUACUGCAGACAUCCGGCGACAGACCCGGAGGGUAAAGAAAGCCCGGAAGAAACUGGCUGCGGCCUUGGAGGCAGAUAGGCUUGCCAGGCAGGCUGAGAAUAUGGGGAAUGGAACAUAGCUGAGUGUUAUGAAAACUGAAUGAAAACAGAGUGUGGUAGCCUCUGCAAUUUCUCCAUAAAGGAAGUUUGUAUGUCUUUUUUGUUUUAUUUUUUGAGAUAGGGUUUCUCUGGGUAGCCCUGGCUGUCCUAGGACUCUGGAGACCAGCCUGCCUCUGUAUGCAGAGUGUUGGGCUUAAAGGUGCCUCCACCACCCAGCAUUACUUGUAUGUCUUUAUACAAUAACCCUACUCUGAUGAUGAGGAUAUACACAAAUCACUCCUUUUAAAGCUCAUUUUGAAAGCCAACAAAAUGACCAGUAGUGUUUUAAAUAAAUGUUUUCAAUUUUGUUAGAAAUGAUCAUGAAAAUAUCCUUUAGAUCAGCUAUGAUCCACAGUCGGACUCUGGAAUAGAUCCAACACCAACCCACAAAGCAAAGGAAAUUCCUUAUUUUAUAGCAUUUAGAUGAAAAGGGUCUAUGACUUAGCAAUUAGUUUAGCGAAGCUAUUAGGUAGAUUACAAAGCCUUCACUCAAGCUAGGCAGGCCUGGCUAGCUUGAAGGUAACCCUCUGUCCUUCCCUACCAUGGGACUGCUACUUGCUAGGUGUUUAGCUUCUAGUGAUGGUACUAGAUCACAUAUAAGACUGAAACUCUGGUUGCCUUAGCCCUGGAAAGAGAGAAGCUGCAGCUGUUAAUGGCUAAUCCCCUCUCUAGUGUUAUGUCUAUGACCUAACAAGUAGAUAGUUAUAUAAUAUUCAGUUUAUUGGGAGAAGAAAGGGGCACUUUACUCAAAAUUGUUCAAUUUCAGGCUAUAAUUUUUUAAAACUUGGUGAUUAUUGGAAUCUCAUUAUGUGGACCAGGUAGGUCCUGAAUUUGAUCCUCCUGCUUCAGCCUGACGAAUGGUAAGAUUACAGGCAAGCAUUCCACAUCUAACUGUAUUUUUUUUUCACUUUUUAGUCUAUAGGAAUAAUCUAGCCUGAGGCACUAUUUAGUGUUUUAUGCUAAGUAUUUAACUUAACACUUAUAUUAAUGAAAGAUGAUCCAGGUGCUGCAGCUUUAGACACCAUUGUCUUGGACUUGUUUUGUGGAACUCCCUGUUGUAAUUCUAAACUAUCAAUAAAGGUUUCCAUUUUAAAUACAAGUCCAGAGAUUCUUUUAUAUGAUGGUAAUUUGAUGCCAUAAAAAUAUUAUAGAUGUGGUUAUAGCUAUCAUUUAUCUAUCCCUCUAUACUAACUCUCUACCAUGAGCUACACCUCCAUCUCCUACAGCUAAUUUGAAAAUAAAUUCAUUUUUUAUUAUAUAAAGCUACAUAAGGUCAUUUGCAUUGGAGAAUACAAUGCAGCUGGGCAUGGUAGCACACACCCUUGAUCCCAGCAGAGGCAAGCCUGAAUCUACACAGCUAGUCCAGGAUAGUCAGAGCUACACAGAAAACCUUGUCUCAAAAAACCAAAAACCAA